UUGGAUCCAAUUCUAUUCAACAUCAAAUCUCCUCUUUCUAUAUAGAUGGUGCAGACUAGGCAUCAAAGGAAGCAAAUUAAAGCAAGUUCCCCCUUUUAACAUGAUUCUUAAAAACGCCAUCAUUUCAUGCUAAGCCUGACUUCAUAAACAAAUCAUUUGUGAGAGGGAAAAACCACAUCCAGGUCAAGUCAUGAGUUGAAAAAGGCUUAUUUCAGAGAGCACUUCCUGAAAGAGUCAGGCGGCAGCCACAGCCCAUUAGCAACAACUCCCGCAGCAAGGUCUACAGUUAAACAAGCCUUGAACGCAACAGGCAAGCCGAAAACAACAGGAACACAGCAUUUCAGAAAUAUGCUCUUUCCAGAAACACCCAUUUUAAUGCAAGCAACCCUGAAGAUACUUCUUUCACAGAACUGAGUACACCGGAAGAUGUUCAUCUGAAAGACAGCCUUUUAACGGACAGGAGUUUCUAAGUAUCAUGUCUACCAACAAGCUGUAAGAUGACCACUCUAAACAAUCCAGUUCAACCUGCCCCUUCCAACGACUCACACCCCAGUGAAUACACAAUCGCAGCCCUUGUCUUCUACAGCUCUAUCUUUAUUAUUGGAUUAUUUGUCAAUGUCACAGCGCUGUGGGUGUUCAGCUGCACCACCAAGAAGAGAACCACUGUCACCAUCUACAUGAUGAAUGUGGCAUUGCUGGACUUGAUGUUUAUAAUGAGCUUGCCCUUCCGAAUAUUCUACUAUGCAAAAGGAGAAUGGCCAUUUGGAGAACACUUCUGCCACAUCCUUGGGGCUCUCACAGUGUUUUAUCCAAGUAUCGCUCUAUGGCUUCUCGCUUUUAUCAGCGCAGACAGAUACAUGGCCAUUGUACAGCCGAAAUACGCCAAGGAACUGAAAAACACAUGCAAGGCGGUGCUGGCGUGUGUGGGACUCUGGAUCAUGACAGUGACAACCACUGUCCCCCUGCUACUGCUCUACGAGGACCCUGACAAGGCCUCCACCCCUGCCACCUGCCUGAAGAUCUCUGACAUCAUCCACUUAAGAGCUGCUAACGUGCUGAACUUCACGCGACUGAUUUGUUUUUUCUUGAUCCCCUUGUUCAUCAUGAUUGGGUGCUACUUGGUCAUUAUUCACAGUCUCCUGAACGGCCGGACAUCCAAAUUGAAACCCAAAGUCAAGGAGAAGUCCAUCCGGAUCAUCAUCACACUCCUGGUGCAGGUGCUCGUCUGCUUUGUGCCCUUCCACAUCUGCUUUGCCUUUCUGAUGCUGGAAAGGGAAGACAGCAGGUACAACCCCUGGGGGGCCUUCACCGCCUUCCUCAUGAACCUCAGCACCUGUCUGGAUGUGAUUCUCUACUACAUUGUUUCAAAGCAGUUCCAGGCUCGGGUCAUCAGUGUCAUGCUGUACCGCAAUUACCUUCGAAGCAUGCGCAGGAAAAGUUUCCGAACUAGCAGUUUACGGUCACUAAGCAACAUAAACAGCGAAAUGAUAUGAGUGGCAGGAAGGGUUCUUUCCUUCAAUCUCUUUAAUUCACUUUACUGACUACUCUAGGGCCACUGGAUAUAGUAUAUACCAACUCCCUAGUCUACUAAAAAAAUAAGUUUAAAAACUCCCUUGUGCCAUCUUAUUAUUGUGGCCACAUAACUACAUACUCCAAGGAUUCUAAUAAAUUUAUUAUUUUGUUUUUGAAACUGGUAUAAAACAUUUUCACAAAGUGUUGGGGGAAUAAUCAACCAAUGUUUGAUGUUUCACAGUGUUUCACAGUCAAGUCUUACCUGUGUAGAUAAUUGACUUAACUUUUUGGGUUUAAUUCUAUGUACGAAUGACUCAUGUAUGUUAAUCAAGUCAGUAGAGGGAAAAAUCCAGCUACUGUGCAAAAUGAUUAGAUUACACUGUUUUUCAUCUAAAUGAAUGAAGUUCCCUCGUGUCUAAUUUACACUCAGGAUUGGGAGGCAUAAAUCCAGUAUUUCAUGUUUUAAAUACCAAAUAUUCAGGAUUCUUAAAAAACUUAUUGCUGGUACCUGCUGCAAAGCAAGUAAAGUUGAUGACAGCAAGCAGCCAAGGGAAGGGGCUGGGAAAUGACACCUCUAUCAGCCCCCCCUUUCUGAAUUUUCUUUUUUAGAACAGACUACGGCCAUUCAACAAACACUUCCUGAGACCCCCCUGCACCAAACCCUAUGUAAAUCUGAUGCUGGAAACCUACCCUGAGAUCCUAUUUUGCCCAGCAAACCAAGUCAUCCUAUGACAUGACCUUUCUCUAAUAUCAAUAUUUGUUCUUCCUGUGUAAUUAAAUAUUAUACUGCAAAGGAGACUGAUUCUUUUUCCAGGUUAUAUGUAAACUGUAUAGACAGAACUGGUGAGGGACUCCGGAUUCUUAUCCUGGCCCUGCCAUUAACUUCUAACAAAGUAACAAACCGAGCAACCUCUCCAUCUAAAAGAAAAGGAAUUGAACUACAACCUGAAAAACUCCUAUUAUUCUAAAUGCUAUGGAAAUAAAAUAAA